AUGAGAGGCAUGCGAGAGAAGAGUUUUUACGUCUUUCAAGGCAACACCUUGGUUGGUGAUAAGGCGGUAGUGGCGGAGCCUCAAGAUGUAUCGCCUACGAGUCUAUGGCAUAUGAGAUUGGGGAACGUGAGUGAGAGGGGUCUGAAGGAGUUGAGUAAGAGAGGCUAUUUUGGCAACGAGAAAUUUGAUGAUUUGGAGUUUUGCGAGAACUGCAUAUACGGUAAAGCUAUGAGAGUGAAGUUUGGGCAGUCGGUUGAGGAAGGAGAUAGAGUUGAUAAUGAUCCGUGGCUUGCCGAAUCUAGUAGAACAGACGAUGCAGCCAAUGUUACGAACAAUCAGAAUAAUGAAAUUAACUUGGCUCUUUCUGCAAUUCUUCAGGUGAAAGAAGAAAUCGGCUUAAUGAAUCCUCGCACGUUUGACAGACAAAUGCGAAUCUUGAAACUUCAUUUCUUGAACAAACUUGAUAAACAAGUACUCAGUGGAUCAAAAAUUGUGGGAGAAAAUGGAAACAGCAUUCAAGUCGCCUUAAUUGAUGAAUCUACUAGCAAAAUUGUGAACUCUGGUCCUGGAGCCUCAUCACAUGUACAAAUAUUUGUUCUUGAGAGCUACCAACUUCUCGGCGAGGAAGAUUUGAACCAAAAGAUCAACAAGGAAAGUGAAACAAACAAGUCACUUCUUCAUGGGAACAUAUUUGUGUAUCUUAAUGAAGGGAUUGGAUGCAUUAAUGAUUUAUAUUUUGCCCAUACAUCUCAAUGGUUGAAGAAACGUGAGUUCGUGCUAGUAGCUACAGUGGUUGGCAAUUGUAACGGGAUUACAGUGAAAGCAGCUGUAAUGGAACCAUUCACUAUCAAGGAUCGUCGCAACACAUUAUAUGUUAAGCACCCCAUUCCAACUCCAUCUGAUGAUAUUUGGAGGCUAAAGAACAUUAUUAAAGGUGGCCCUAUGCAUAAGAGCUUGAGAACAAAUGAUAUAAAUAUUGUUCAAACUUUUCUUAGAGAAUUCAACUUGAACCCUCAAAGGCUGCGAAAACAUCAAACUAACCCUGAUAGUAGGCCUGGACAUAUGGCACGACCCAGUGGUGUUGUGCCUACUGUUCAGCCAAUGGGACCAAGUUAG